UGCGGCGCACGCGCGCGGCCUCGCUCAGGGCAGCGGGAGGCGGCGGUCACGGGCGCCGGGCUCCGAACCUGUCAGACCCGCGGAGCCGGCCUGGAGCUGCGGGCGCUGCAGGCGAGAGAUCGGCCCCGCUCUCCCGCGGCUCCGGGCCGAGCUGUGCGAGCCGGCCUUACCAAGCCGGCCGAGGGCGGGGAGAUGAACGGCGGCUCCGCGGCAGCGCCCCAGGAUGGGGAGGAACGCGCGGCAGUGCCAUCGAGAACUGGCGCUCCGGUGAAGUAGGAGCUGCCAGCCGUCCGCCAGCACCGAGCCGUUCCGCGCCGCGGCCGCACGGCCUCUGCGAUGGCCGGAUCCAGCGCGUGGAAGCGUCUGAAAUCUCUGCUGAGGAAAGAUGAUGCGCCGCUGUUUUUAAAUGACACCAGCGCCUUUGACUUCUCGGACGAGGUGGGGGACGAAGGGCUUUCUCGGUUUAACAAACUUCGAGUUGUGGUGGCGGAUGAUGGUUCCGAAACCCCGGAAAGGCCUAUUAACGGGGCGCACCCGGCCCUUCAGGCCGAUGAUGAUUCCUUACUGGAUCAGGACUUACCUUUGAGCAACAGUCAGCUGAGUUUGAAGGUGGACCCCUGUGACAACUGCAACAAACGGAGAGAGUUGCUGAAGCAGAGAAAGGUGAAAACCAGAUUGACCAUUGCUGCCGUUCUGUACUUGCUUUUCAUGAUUGGAGAACUUGUAGGUGGAUACAUUGCAAAUAGCCUAGCAAUAAUGACAGAUGCGCUUCAUAUGUUAACUGACCUAAGUGCUAUCAUACUGACCCUGCUUGCUCUGUGGCUGUCUUCAAAAUCACCAACCAAAAGAUUCACCUUUGGAUUUCAUCGCUUAGAGGUUUUGUCAGCUAUGAUUAGUGUGCUGUUGGUGUAUAUACUUAUGGGAUUCCUCCUGUAUGAAGCUGUCCAAAGGACUAUCCAUAUGAAAUAUGAAAUAAAUGGAGAUAUAAUGCUUAUUACCGCAGCUGUUGGAGUUGCAGUUAACGUAAUAAUGGGGUUUCUGUUGAACCAGUCUGGUCACCAUCAUGCCCAUUCCCACUCUCUGCCUUCAAAUUCCCCUUCCACUGGUUCUGGGUGUGGACGCAGCCACGGGCAGGAUAGCCUGGCAGUGAGAGCUGCGUUUGUACAUGCUUUGGGCGAUUUGGUACAGAGUGUUGGUGUGCUGAUAGCUGCAUACAUCAUACGAUUCAAGCCAGAAUACAAGAUUGCUGAUCCCAUCUGUACAUACGUAUUUUCAUUACUUGUGGCUUUUACAACAUUCCGCAUCAUAUGGGACACAGUAGUUAUAAUACUCGAAGGUGUACCAAGGCAUCUGAAUGUAGACUAUAUCAAAGAAGCCUUGAUGAAAAUAGAAGAUGUACAUUCUGUGGAGGAUUUAAACAUCUGGUCUCUCACUUCAGGAAAACCCACUGCCAUAGUCCACAUACAGCUAAUUCCUGGAAGUUCAUCUAAAUGGGAGGAAGUGCAGUCCAAAGCAAAGCAUUUGUUAUUGAACACAUUUGGCAUGUAUAAAUGUACUAUUCAGCUUCAGAGUUACAGGCAAGAAGUGGACAGAACUUGCGCAAAUUGUCAGAGAUCCAGCCCCUAAUUUUAGUUGUUUGGGGGACUACUUUCUGCCUUAUUUAUCCUGCAGUCACAGACUUGAGAGCAAUAAAUGCACACCUACAUGAGAAAAUGGAAUCCCUGACAGCUGUGUCCACAUUGCACACCAGUCUUGCAGUCAGUCUGACAGUGCUAGUUUCUGUUUAUGGUAAAUGAGACUUUACCAUGAUUUUCAGAUGAAGAUGUUUCUAAAACAUUGUUUACAGAAUGAGACGUGACUCUACAGAUACCUCAUAGAAGACAAUCCAAGACCAUACUUCGUUAAUUAUGAUAGAGUACAUGUCUUAAAGGAAGCAUCAAGAGUUCUCUAUUUGCAUUUAAAAAUACUUUUCAAAGACCAUUUUGUAUCAAGCCAGUGCUGGAAAACUGAAUUUUUUUUAAUGUAAUCUUGACACCCAGCUUCUAGAAUUUGACACCUAGCUCUCUUUUUACAGAAAUUAUUUCUCAACAGAUUUCAGAAAGUACUAGUAAUUAUCCACAGUGGAAUAAGCAUGUAUUCCUAAGUGUUUCAGAGAUGUUUUAUUUCACAAAUAAGUCUUAAUGUUAUUGGUAUAGUUAUACUUUAUAUAAACAACUUUUUCCAGAUUUUACAGGGUUUUGAAUCUCAAAGUUAACGUUUUUGGUUAUUUGUAAUCUUAUCAGAACCAGAUCUUUACAUAUUGUGGUCAUAAUAUGGUCAGUGUCAUUAAAUUAUUUAGGAAAUAUUUUCAAUAUUAAUCUGAAUGGCAGAAGUUAAUCUUAAAGUCAAGUUACUAUAUGAUAAUUUAAACAAAAUAAAGGAGUGAGGAUGGGUUGUGGAGUUUUAGAUUUAAGUCUUCCUGAAAUCACUUUUAUUGUUCAUGGAAUUUAUCUUUACUUAAGAACAACAAGAGACUGCAAAGUGUAAACAAUGAUGCCCUGUCCUUGUAAGAACUGCCUUACGUUUUGUACAGAAAGUUUGCGUGGUUCUUUGCUUCCUGCCACCAGUUAAUCGGUGUGUGCCCUUUCAGAAUAGAACUCUAAAGGGCUAAGGUUCAGUUUGUAAUCCCCACCUCUCACAUAUAGAUUAACCACAUUCUUCAAGAGAGAAUUUCUGUUCCAUGAUAUGGGUUAGGGAUUCUCCAGGGACUCGAGAAACCCUAAGAUACAAUUUUGAGGUUUUCCAAUAAUACCAUAACAGAAAUGCUCAGAAGGAUUGGGGUAAGAUAGCACUCUGAGAAAACAAACAUUUCAAGGGUUUUUGACUGUGUGUGUAUGUGUGUGUGUUUGUGUGUGUGUGUUUUAAAACACUGGUAUAGGAUGGACAUUAAAUCUGUGUUGUAGGGAGGCUAAGCAUAAACAUUUCCAAACCAAAAGCAACCUAAAGUUUUUUUAAAGAGGCAACUGUGACUAUUCAUGUUUCAUUUUGCAACUGUUGGUUUUGAGAUUAUGCACAUGAAGAAUUCAUUUUCAACAGAGAAUCAGAGUAAAGUAACAACGUACCAAACAGAUUAUUAGCUGAAACCCUAGACAGACAUGCCAAUGACUUAGAAUAUAAAUGAAGAAUAGGAAACAGUUUUCAUCUUUUUACCAAGUACCGCAGUAUAAGUAAACCUAAGAUAAAACCUGAGUUCACCUAAAAGGUUGUUAAGAGUUGAUGGUAUCCAAUAAAAGGGUUUAUGAGGGUUCAUGGUACCUAAUAAAGCCCAGAAUUUGUUGAAUUGAAUUGAAAAAUGUAUGGGAUUCUUAUUGUGAAUCCAUUUUAAAUGAUUAAGUUUUCAAAAAAUUCACAAGCAUAUAAACUGUUUAAAUCAAAAUACUCUUAAAUAUAGAAAGCAAGUAAGAAUAAAUGAGAGGCAUUUCAGUGCAUAUCUGGGCAUUUAUGGACUUUGGGUACUUAGCAAGAGAAAGGAAAAGAAUAUUCAUUAUAUGUUAAUGGGUUUUCUCAUAUUUGCAGAUUUUUCCGUAUCUACUGAACUUGUUUCUUAUAAACUUUCCUUUAUGUUAAGUAGGUAUAUAUCUGAAUAUUCAUGUCGAACUGUUCCUUGAAAACAAUCUAAAAUCCAUUUAGGAUUGAAAAGGAUCGUUUUGUAAAAUGCAGAAACACUGAAAACUUUUGUAAAUCUUAAUUGUCAUGCUCUGUUUAAAGUGAGGUACAUAUGAAGUUUCUUGUGCUUUGCUUUUUGUAGCAAGAACUACAGAUUUUGUACUUUACUGAGUCUGUGAGAUUGGAGAAUUGAUAGAUUGAACUUUCUGUAACUUGACAAAACCCACAGAGAAGGAAGGCUGUGGCCUUAGCAGAUGUGAGCAGGCAGGCCCAGCUUCUGCCCCAGUGCUGGGUCUGCCCUUCACCAGCCCAGCAGCUGCCAGCAGCCACACCCCUUGGCCAGCUCUCGGACAGAGAGCUCCCCACUGUCCUGUGAAAAGCGGUGGCUGAGUGCGGAUAAACCCGCGGGGUUCGUUUUGCACUGGAAAAACAGACCACAACAUCAAAACUGGGCAGUUCUUCAGUGCAAUGUGUUUUAAUUAACAUUUGCAAAUAAUCAGAGUUACUUGUAUACAGAAACCUGUUUCCCAACUCUAGCCAGAUGCAGCCUUUUGAUUUAUUUUAGGAAAAGGCCUAUUGUUUCAUUAACGACCGACCGUGCUGCCUUAGAAAUACAACGUAGGGAAUGUAGUUGAAUAAGGCUUAUUUCAGAGAACUUUGAAGUGCAGAACCAGAAGUGACUAAUUCCUACCAACAUUUCCAUUAGCCACAGUCUCGGCUCUCAUCAGUAUUGUUUGCCAAGUCACUGGGUUUCUUAUUUUGCUGUUUUUUUCCACCUUUUUUAUGCUUUAUUUCCAUUUUCUAAAAUGAAGUUUCCUGCUCUUAGGAGUGUCAGGGUUCUGGUUCUGUCUCUUGAACCCGGAUGUCCUGACUGACAGACAGUGUUUGUCUUUAGUAGAAUUUUCCCAGACUGGGCACAGGGAAAAUCCGAUACAGGAGCUUCCCUUUCAUUUUAAUGAGAAAAGACCUUUCAGAAACAAAGACCCACUUAGAAAAAUGUUUCUAGGUGGGGAAGAACCUUUUUUUAAACAGCUGACUGUUCCUGAUCCAGAGUCUCUGCACUGAACUUUAUAGAAUAAGUGACAGAAACAGACUGUACUCUGCAACCACAGUGCAGAUCGUUGCUAAGACUCUGGGUGGUGGCUCAAACCACCAUUCUCACUGCUUUAGAAGAGAUAACCAUUCACUUCUGAAACAAGCACAAUUCGCCACAUUUAUUUUCUUUCUGUGCAUGUACAUUAAUGGUUCAUCAUAACGAAUAAGGUGUUCUUAGAGAAUUUGAGCCCCUUUGGAAUUAGGUGUUAGGCAAUUUUCUGUUGACUGUACCUUCUAUACAGUAAAUUUGAAGUUACAAAAUGUGUUCCUAGGUGUAAGAUUAGUUCAUUUGGUUCGGUUUGUUUUUGAACCAAGCUGAGCUCAUGAGCCGGUUGGGUAGUAGUCACAAACGAACAGUGACGCCUCCAUGUAUGUAUAUGCUGUCUGCAAGGGAGGCAAGUUUGAUCUUCAAGUCAGUAAUCGAUUAAAAUACCAUUUGCAAACCAUAACUACAGAUCUGUCAUGUGAAUCCCACCAGACAGAGCUUCAGACCUGUUUCACAGAUCUCCAGUUAGGGAGAGUGUGAUGUUGGUAGUAACAUGCAAAUUGCAGGAAAGAAGUUGUGGGAGUUUCUCAGUGUUGAAUUCUAUGUGUGCGUUCAGGCCAGUCUGUCACUGAAUUCUCGCUUACAAAGGGCCUAACUUGUUUUUUCUAAUCAUAUCGUGAGUACCAAUAAACAGUUUCUGAUUUGGGGUAAUAUUGGAAAACAUUUAUGGAGAGACUUGCACAGUUGAAUCUCUGACAGUGUCAAUUUAAAUACUGCAAUUAAGUAUAUUCUGAAAUAACUGCAACACAAAAUUGAAAUGUGCCAGUAAGUCCGCUUUGCACCUGGAAGAUACUGUACAUCUGCAAAGCUUAUGCUUCUCUAAGUAAAUAUGUUAUUAAGUAAGCCAUAUUACAGUUUAAGAAAUUGUAUAUACUUUUCCAUAUACCCCUU